UUAAAAUGAAGUAGACAUAUACAUUUGAAGUUUGACGAAAUAGCCAAAAUGAAAUAGAAAGUUUCAGUGCAAUCUAGUACAGCAACAUACAAAAUAGAUCUUAUAUAACAAUCAUGUGUAUUUUUUUUGUUGCUACAUUCACGUAUUUUUGUAAAAGUAUAUCAACUGUGCAAUGUAUAAAUGUGAUACGUUCAACGUGAAAUUUGAGAUGGUACUAGCGGAAUUAAUAGGAACUUUUAUCGUUAUCCUGACCAUUGUGUACAUUUAUUAUAAAUAUGUGAUAUUUAAUUUUUGGCGCAAGAGAGGUGUUUUUUACAUCGAACCGGUUGUACCAAUUGGAAAUAUAACACCUCUCAUAACUGGAAAAGCUCAAGUAGGCGUACAUUUUCAAAAUGUCUAUAUGAAAUAUAAAGAUCAUCGUGCUAUUGGAAUGUAUAUACUUUUUAAACCAAAUUUGCUAAUCACUGACCUCGAGCUUAUUCGGACGGUAUUGACAAAAGAAUUUAAGAGUUUUCAUGACCGUGGAAUGUUUUGCAACGAAAUAGUUGACCCAUUAAGCGGCAAUUUGUUUUUUAUGUCUGGAAAAAGAUGGAAAAAUAUGCGUGUCAAAAUGACACCUACAUUUACCUCAGGAAAAAUUAAGCAAAUGUUUUCUAUCCUGAAGGAAUGUGGCGAAGAACUCGCAAAGCAUCUGGAAAGUAAAGCUCAAAUAAAAGAGCCUAUCGAAGUAAAAGAGACAUUUGCAAGAUAUACAACAGACGUAAUUAUGUCAACGGCUUUUGGCAUCAAAUCUAAUUGUAUGGAGGAACCAAAUAAUGAAUAUCGGGUCCAGGGAAACAAAGUUUUUGAUCUAAAUACAUUUAAGAUUACCUGUACUAUGUUUGCGCCGCAAAUUAUGGACUUCUUUUCUAUUCCUUUCACGGCACCAUCUCUUACGAAAUUUUAUAUGAAUAUGUUUCGAGAGACUGUGGAAUAUAGGAAAGCUCAUAAUAUUGUCAGACAUGACUUUAUGAAUUUGCUCAUACAAUUGAUGGAGAGGGGCUACGUUGAUCCUGAAGAUGACGAUAAAACUACCACCAACAAAUCAUCAAACAUAAAUAAACUUACGAUGACAGAAGCUACUGCACAAAGUUUUGUCUUCUUCGCAGCUGGCUUUGAAACCUCCGCAACGACGAUGACAUUCACCAUGUACGAAUUAUCACAACAUCAAGAUAUUCAGGAUAAACUUCGGAAAGAAAUCGAUGAAAUGUUAGCAAAACAUGAUGAUCUGACUUACGACGUUGUGAACAAUAUGACAUACCUUCACAAAGUAAUAAGUGAGACUUUAAGAAAAUAUCCACCUCUUCCUAUCUUGAAUCGCAUCUGCACCAAGGAAAUAGACCUACCGACAACGAACGUUCGCGUACCAAAAGGGACAUUAAUAACUAUACCGCUACUUGGAUUGCAUCGAGAUCCGUCGAUAUAUCCAAAUCCGGAUAAAUUUGAUCCUGAACGCUUCAACGCAGACGAGAUAAAAAAAAGACAUCCUUACGCUUAUAUGCCAUUCGGGGAAGGACCACGAUACUGCAUUGGUUCCCGAUUUGGAUACUUACAAACAAAAGUUGGACUUGUGAGUCUUUUAUCGAAAUACAAGUUCAGGCUUCAUUCUCGGACUCCGGACCAGCUUACUUACAAUGAAAAAUCUGCGGUUCUUGCAGCAAAAGGUGGCGUACAUCUUAUUAUUGAGCCACGAUAAAAUUAUUUCCUUCUUACGUAAAAAUUAAAAACAUUUUUUAUUGUCUCAUUCUUGACCCCAGGAGAAUCUGAGACAUUUGUGUUAAAAAUUAAGAAUGAAUAACAGAACAAAUCUGAUUGAUUUUUUUGGUUACUAACUUUACUUGUUUUAUUUCUUGUUAAUAUUAAAUGUUAAUAUUAAAUAAUGUUUUACUGUUAAUUGCAAUUGUAUUAAUUACGAUAAUAUAUAUUAAAAACAUA